AUGGAACACCUAUGGUAUAGAAAAAGUGCCUCGUCGAACAUCUUGUUGCAUUCCAGAAGCGCACAUCCUGCUUAUAUGAAGGCAAACGUCGUGCGGAACCUUUUGAAAACGAAGGAGAAGCUUGGGACGCGAAAGGAUUCAGUUGUCGAUGCCAAAAUUGAAAGUAUCCUUGAAAGCAAUGGAUACUUCGAGGGCAAUACGAGGACAUGGGUCCCGCACAGGACGGCUGAUGGUGUUAGCCUCACUGUACCUUUUGUCAACGACAAAAUGGCACGUGAGGUGAACCGCGUCGUCAAGAACUCUCAGCUUCCCAUUCGACUUGUUUUCCGACCUCCCCCUACGCUGAAGGAUCUUCUGACAUCACCGCAACAGACACUUUGCUCCAUCCGUGGAUAUUGCAGCAUUGCAGUCAAAUAG